AUGAUGAAUAAUUUUACAGAAACUGUAGGUGGAGCCUGGAAAAGAAAAACUAACACUGAUGUCUUCGCUUCACUUUCAUCACAGCUGCUUGAAGAUAGGAAUUCGAAGCCAGCAGAACCUAGUAUACAUCGACGAUAUUCGUUAUCUGAUAUUUCUCCUAGUUCAGAUUCACUCUGUUUGACUUUAACCAAGGAAAUACUUUUGAAAUGUGGGGGUGUUGAAGAUCCUUCAUGCCUUUUUGAAGUUGACGUCACACGUUUAGGUUUGGAAGGUGUCGACGAUGACCUCAGUUCAAGUUUUUCCUCGCUAAAGAAAAUAGUUGCUGCGGACAAUACAUUGUCGCUUGGUAGGCUUCAUGAUUUUUAUGAAUGCAUUUACUACUAA